UCAGUUUUUGAACUGACAUUUGGAACAUUUCCAGAAGAAAACAGAGCAGAGACGAUGGUGCCACCGGUUCCGAUUCCUUGGCACACAGUCAUUUUAUGUCUCAUGCUGUUAUUUCUUAUCUCUCCAUCAUUCGCCAUUUACUGCGACGAGGAAGAUUGCUACGAUCUACUGGGGGUGUCUCAAAAUGCAAAUGCAUCUGAAAUCAAAAAAGCUUACUAUAAGCUCUCUUUGAAAUAUCAUCCCGAUAAAAACCCGGAUCCGGAAUCAAGGAAGUUGUUCGUGAAAAUUGCAAAUGCUUAUGAGAUUUUAAAAGAUGAAGCCACAAGGGAGCAGUAUGAUUAUGCAAUUGCACAUCCAGAAGAGGUAUUUUACAAUACAGCUCGUUACUAUCGUGCUUAUUAUGGACACAAGACGGAUCCUCGUGCUGUGUUGGUUGGUCUUCUUCUGAUUCUCUCAGGAUUUCAGUAUCUAAAUCAAUGGACGAGGUAUAAUCAGGCUGUAGCCACGGUCAAGAAGACACCAGCUUACAGAAAUAGACUGCGGGCACUGGAACUUGAACGUAGUGGGGGUAUCACAAAUAAGAAGAAGGGGAACAAGCAAAUGGACAAGAAAACGGAGGAAGACCUCAGCAAAGAACUUGAUCUGCAGAUAAAGGGAGCUGAAAAACCCUCCGUCUGGGAACUUAUUGGUGUCCGUUUUGUCCUCCUACCUUAUACUAUUUCCAAGCUGUUGUUGUGGUCUGGGCAUUGGUACUGCAGAUACAACAUGAAAAAAGCUCCAUAUUCUUGGGAAGAUGCUUCUUACCUGACUCAAAAAUCCCUUGCAGUUGGUCUUGAUGCUUGGAUGAGUAUUGAUGAAUCAACUAAGGAAGAUCUUGUUCGGAGACGUUUAUGGGAGAAAUCCAACUUGGAGACUUACAUGGCAGAAAUACGUAAAGAAUCUAAGCGCAGAAGAUAGUAAAUUUUGUUGAUUGCUAUCACAUGCUUCAUGAAAACCGAUUGAAUGGGUUUUUGGUCGAAAAAGGGAUGUCAAAUGUCCCAAAUGUUUGGAGCCUGCAAGUCCCGUGCCAGUAAGGUGGAUUUGGUCAACAAAUUUUGGUUUGGAGCAGACAUGAGUUUGAAUCCCUUGACCCAAAUUUAUUGUGGGGCAUGAAUGGGGAUAUUAACUUUCACGGUUUCACGCCGUCCCACUCCCAUCUCACCUGGCAAAUUUAUAUAUUACACACAGACAUAUAUAUAUAUAUACAUGUUAGA